AACAUGCUGAUUUAAAAGUAGCUGUUCAAAAUGUUCUUGAUGAAUCACCUUAUCAUUGUCUAGUUAGUGAUGGUUGGACAAACAUUAACAAAUCAUCUGUAAUAAAUUAUAUGAUUACUAUACCUGCACCAAUCUUCUAUAAAUCAGUUCACACAUGUGAAGAACAUCACAUGGCUGAAAACAUUGCUAAUGGGAUCAACAAUGCAGCUUGGAACAUUUUAAAAGUUAAAUAUCCAGAUAAAGUUUUUAUCAGAUGUUGGGCACACAGCAUCAAUCUCUGGGUUAAAGACAUUCUCAAAAAUAAAUGGGCUGCAUAUGUUUUAAAAAAAGCCAAGAAUGAUGAGCCAUAUCUUUCUUCAGCAUAUAAAAAUUUACAGAAAUUAAAAAAUACUAUCGUAAAUAAUUUGCAAGUUCCAGAAGAAUUGCAAAAUGAAGCUUUGCAAACUACUAGGUCUAGAUGGGUUAAUAUUUUAUACAAUCCUGCAGUUAUCAUUGCAUAUACACUUGAUCCAAAAUAUCAGAAUGAAGAUCUUGAUUUUAGAAUGUGGAGAGAUAUUAUUAAUAAGGAAGUAAUUCGAAUUGCUAGUAUUGAUAAUGAUAAUGAAGAUCAAGUAUUAAAUGAAUUGGCUGAAUAUCUUAGAAAAUCGGGAGACAACCAAGAACUAAGUAAUUCAAGUGAUAAUAUGCUGGAAGAAAAUAAUCUUGCAAAUUUUUCUAACAAUCUUCUUAAUAUGUUAGAUGAUAAAGCUUUAGAAAUUUUACAAAAUAAUAUUUAUAAUGAAAAUAUUGAAAACAUUCACCACAAUGAACCCCCAAAUGAUACAUAUGAAGAUAAUGAUGACAAUAUCUUCAGUAUGAGUUCUAAAGAAACUGACAAAGUUCUAUCAAGAGUAUUAUAUAGAAUAUUAGCAGUAUUAUGUUCAAUAGAAAAUAUACUCAAGUUUAUUCACAUAUCUAAAUUACCAGAAGAAGAUAUAGAUACUAUAUUUGUAUUAGAAACUAUUGAAACAUCACUUACAAAUGCCAGAAUAUUAUUAUUGGAUUUCCUAUUCUACAUCAACAAGACUAGAAGAGACAAUACAAUUAAUUGCAUAUCAUAUGAAUAUAACUCACCUAAUAAAAAUGAAUUUAAGAACUAUGCUUCUUCUAGAAGAAGCAAUACUAGUAAUAAUACAAGGAUAACUCAUUCUCAUUUCAAUAAUAAUGCAAGCAAUAUAUUUGCAAUACCUAAGAAAUCAGAUCAAAGACAAUUAGUAGUAGAUCUAAGAUGA